CGAAGGGAGGGGACAGUUUUUAUAAAAGAGUCCAAAGGAUCCACAGCAUCAGAAGAGAGGAUUAAGUUGAGGUCAAAAGUGGAAAAAACUAAAUUAGGUUUUCAUGGAGUCACCUGAUUUUGUCCGGGACAAAUUAACUGAAUGGGGCUUCAGUGAUUUCAUGCAGAGAGAGAGAAGAUGAAGGCAUUGACAAGGAGACUUUUCUAAGUCUUGGAGAUUCAGGCAGCAUCAGUGGCUUGAUCCCUAAAAUUGGACCAAGAGUAAAAUUCAGAAAAAGACUCAAAGAAUACUUACAGUGGAAUUCCAUGGAGACAUGUGAUUUUGUCCAAGUGAAAUUAACUGAAUGGGAUCUCAGUGAGUUGAUUCAGAGAUUUGAAGACGAAGGUGUUGACAAGGAAGCUUUCCUAAGUCUUGAAGAGUCAGGAAACAUCAAUGUCUUGAUUCCUAAAACUGGACCAAGAGUAAAAUUCAGAAAGAGACUUAGAGAAUACUUACAGGCCCUGAAAAAAAGGCACAGUUACGGUGCUCCUGAAAUAACAGACACUGAAGCGGACCCAAAUCCAGACCAAGAGGACACCCCUGAAAUGGACCCAACUUUUUUUCCAUGGCACUUUGAGUCUACAUCAACAUCUGACACAGAUCAUGACAGUGAGAUGAGUGAGGAGGCAAUUUCCAACUCAAGUACAGGCCUACUUGCUGUGAUACUCUUUAUUCUGCGUCACCAUCUAACUACGGCUCUGGGUGACUUAAUGGCUCUACUGAAUUUUCUCAGCUCUAACCUGGUUGUUCCAUUUAAGUAUCUCUCUGAUAAGAUUCCUGCCUUGUCUACUGUGUUUUACUGCCAUGUUUGUCAAAACUACAUGGGUAAGAAUCCUGAUGAUGCUUCCUGUUCGCACUGUGGCACAAUGUUCAACAAAAAAAGCAGUACUAAAAGUGGACACUUUUUUUUGUCUGCAUCACUGAAAGACCUUUUGAAAGACAUCCUUAAGAACCAUGGCACUGAGUUGUUACCUAAAACAGUCAACCAUGCGAAUAAUAUUAAAGAUGUGAUGGAUGGGAAGAUGUACCAGAAUCUGCUUAAACAAGGAAAGUUGGCUGCAGAAGACCUUACACUGUUAUGGAAUUGUGAUGAAGUACCAAUUUAUAACUCAUCCAGAUACUCGAUUUGGCCCCUUCAGUUUACAAUUAAUGAAUUUCCUUACACACAAAGGCAUGUGAUAGUUGCAGGACUUUGGUUUGGCCCAGAAAAACCCAAGAUGGGCACAUUUCUAAAGCCUUUCAUAGAUGAAAGUCGUGCUUUAGCUCAAAAUCCCUUUCAAUGGAGCGACAGCAAUGGCACAGUACACUCCUCAAAAGUCUUCUCCUUGGUUUGUUCCUCAGACGCCGUGGCAAGGCCACUACUCCGGAAUUGCAAACAAUUCAAUGGUGAAUAUGGUUGUGACUGGUGUUUACACCCUGGCAUGAUGGUCACAAAAGGCGGUGGAUCCAUGAGGUCCUACCCAUUUGAUGAAAACAAGCAAGCAGCAAGGUCAACCGAAAUGUUUAUGGAUAAUGCAAAACAGGCUGAAAACUCUGCCACCCCCAAAAAUGGAGUUAAAGGACUGUCCUUGCUUUCCAUACUUCCCUUGUUUGACAUUGUUUUUGGCUUUGUACCUGAUUAUAUGCACUCAGUUCUACUUGGUGUGUCCAAACAACUUGUAACUCUGUGGUUGGACCCAGUCAACUCUAUGAAACCUUGGUUUAUAGGACAAAAGAUUUCACUAAUGGACUUACGUCUUCUCCGUCUAAAGCCACCAUUAGAAAUAACCAGAUCUCCACGAUCACUGAAGUGUAGGGACACUUGGAAAGCCUCGGAGUGGCGAGCAUUCCUUUUAUUUUAUGCCAUUAGUGUCUUGCCUGGUAUCCUGGAUCCUAUCUAUCUGGAACAUUAUUUUGACUUGUCAUUUAGUAUUCACAUUCUGCUACAGGAAUCAAUCUCCCAACAUGACCUUCGGCUAGCCCAUGAGUCCUUGGUACGCUUUGUAGAAUGCAUGAAAGUGCUUUAUGGUGAAGAAAAUGUGUCUUUCAACUGUCAUCAGUUAAUCCACUUAACUGAAAGUGUACAGAACUGGGGUCCUCUCUGGGCAACAUCAGCAUUUCCUUUUGAGAAAAACAAUGGAAAUUUAAGGGCUCUGCUUAAUGGCAUAAAUGAUAACCCUCAACAAAUUUACCAGAGGUUUGUCAUAUGGCAGCACUUACCCAGACACCUCAGUUCUUUAGUUUUUGACCGACAAUCAGAUUUUGGUGAGUUAUUAGCCAAGCUCACACCAGCAAAAGAUGGCAGUCGCUCUGACAAACUUCUUGGAAAAUCACGCCAUCUGGAUCUCACAGGAUCCACAAAACUAGCAGUGGAAGAGCUCUUAAAGCGCCCAGUUCUUGUCAAAUCAGUAGAAGCUUAUGACAGCUUCUCUAAUGGACACACUGUUUAUCACUCUACAGACUUCAAAGAGUCAGACAAAACAGACUGUAAUAUUAAACUAAAGAAUGGCUGCUAUGGAGAAAUACAGUUGAUUUUACUUUUAAAAAAAAAAUGCAUUUGCACAUCCACUUGUUUGUGCCAGGCUAUUCCAAUCAUUGUGGUGCACCUAUAUGACAUCAAACCUGAUACACUGUUCAGCAAAAUACAUCCUGACAAAACAUUAAAGACUACCUUUGUGAGGGUAGAAAGGACAGAUCAACCUAAAGCUUUCUUCUUAGAGGAUAUCAAGUGUAAAUGUAUGUAUGUGGAUGGUUCGCUUGUGCCUCUACCAAACACAUAUGAGAGUUAUUAGAGUCACUGCAGGGCUAAAGUGUUCACAGCAGAAAGGAUGAAAAUCUUUGUCCGAAAUUCUGCUCAUACUCUUCUGACUUUAACUCAAAAUAAUAUUUUCACAUGUGGCCCUAAUUCUCUUCUGUAGAGUUAUUUCAAAUUGAGAAGAGUUAAAACGAUGGACUUCUAGCCACUAGGCAUUGUCUUUGAUGUAUGAUUAUGUUUAACUAGGGAGUAUGGCAACUGAGCUGGUGUUGACCAUGCAAUUACUGUAAUAUUUACUGGAUGGAUUAUGCAUGGCAGUCAUACUGCUGUGUGCCACUUCUGACCUUGUUGUUGAGUCUUAUACAGCCAACAUAGAAACUUCAAAAUUCAGUUAAGGGCCACUAAGAGCACUUUGUAACUAUUUAUUCAAACAAUUGAUUCAUUUCUUCUGGGCAAUUUAAGAACUUCUCAUCUCAGAAGAUUUUUUUUUUUUUACUUUUUGUUUACUCUAUUUUACAAGUUAUGGGUCAUUUUGUUAUGUGUCAUUUGUGGAUGACCUUUUGCAUGUUAGACUGCAUUUUCUUUAGAUGGCUGUAAAUAGUGUAUUACAGGUAUAACAGGAAGGAAAUGAAUCAGUGUAUGUAUCUUUAAUAUUUAGUCAUUUUGGUCAAACACAUUCUUUUAUCUGAUCUAUUACAUUCACCAGGUAAUAUAAUACAUCUUAACUGUAUCUCCCUGAAAACUAUAUGGUAUGUUUUGCUGUAAAUUACUUUGUGAAGUAUUCAACUUUUUAAAGUUAACAUUAAAAACUGCAAAAAUUUAUAUAUAUAUGUAUAUAAAAUGAUUUUGGAUGACUACAUGAUUCAGCUGUAUCAUGAUAAAAGUCAGUUUUACUGUACUGAAAGAACUAUAGAUAAACCCUGUUUACUUUUAUUUGGUAAGGGGCCUCAUUUUGUCCUGUAUAUUGCCUAAUAUGCUGAUAAGGCCUUCUCUAUAUAAUCUUCAUUGUGUCUCUUUUUUAAAUACACAAGAAUGGGUAUAAUAAAGAAAGAAAUGCUAGU